UGUGUAUGUGCACAUGCAUAUGAAUGAGUGUGAAUUGAAUUCGAACCAGCUUGAAGUCCGACUCUACAUGGAAACAUGGCUUUCACUGGAAAGUCACAUUUAAACAGCUUGAUAAAAAUUCAAAUUCUUUUUUCAAAAUUUGAAUCUUCCAUCUAUGGUACAUGACUGGGGCGACAAUAGCUGUCGCUUGUUGCGCGAGAGACAACUUCUGAAGCAGCCGCCAGCAUGUCCGAGGAGUUGCCUGGAACCGUCGGAGGGACAAUGUGUCGAUUACAAAGCCGUCAAACUGGACGAAGGCGUUCCGAACGUUGUCAAGAACUUUCUGGAGCCCGAGAUACCAGUGCGACGCCGGAUAGAUCUAGUCGAAGUGUGCGCCGAGUGUGGCACCCGGGACCCGGAGAAAUGCUGCAAUUUGUGUGAGGCGCAAGCUGCAAAGGAACCAAAUCUGUGCUCCACAGCAUGUAGGCCCCAGCGCACAAUGCUUAACACGAGGCAGUUUGUGCAAUCCACGCGACCAAGACCCCCGUAUAAGCACUCCGUCUUUUUGGAUGAAAACACUUUGGUGGGCCGAGUUUUUCCAAUGAAAUUCCGCAUACGUCGCCGGAAAUGCGAGUGCCAAGACUGCCGAAAGGAUCUGGCGGCACGCGAAACUGUGACGGGCAACGAGGAUCUGAUACUGUUAUCCAACUGCUGCAACGUGGAGAUCUAUCCACGUCAGAAGAUCGAAAACUGGCAUCGGGUGCCCGUCAGCACGAUAACCGGCGAGAAACAUUUCUCCAAGAAAAUCGUCGACGAAGUGUGCCAACUGGAGACCAAAAAAGUGCCACCUCCGCCUCCGCCUCCAGUCGAGGAGCCAAAGAAACGCAAAACAUCAAUUAUGCCAAAAAAGAAAAAAAAGAAGAAAAAGAAGAAGAAAGGCAAAAAAGGCAAGAAAGGCAAAAAGAAGAAGUAAAAUACUUACGUGUUAAAAGUGCUUCGCAAAUAGUUUCAAAAAAUAUUUUCCAAGAGUACCGAGUUCUCGGUUAAAUCUAUAGAGGACUAUAUAGAAAUUGCAUUAUUUCUGUAAGCGUCAUUUAUAGAUUUAACUGAAAUUCACGCACUUUGGCAGAGAUUAAGUAUUUAUUUGAAAUGUUAUUUGAAGUAAUUUUAACACGAAUAUUUUAAAUUCUUAUUUUACAAACUACAAAAGGCUUAAACCAGAUAACCCUUUAAGGAACUGAAUAAUAAAAUAAAAGCUUAAAUUGGAAAGGUUAGAUAUGUUGUAAAACAAUUUUAUUUAGCAUUUAAAUUAAGACCAACCUAACCUGACAUAACCUAGCUUAUCCUAACCUAACCUAACUUAUGCUAACCUAACCUAACUUAUCCUAACCUAACCUAACUUAUGCUAACCUAACUUAACUAGCCUUUUAAUAGGAUCGGUUCAAACUAAUCUUCAAAUAUAAUUUACUCUCAACAGAGACGAGAAAGAGUUAAAAAAAAAAAAACAGUCCUAACUUAAUAAAAGGUAUCAUAACUUUUGUUAAAUAUA